UUUUUAUCUCCUUCCUCUCUAACCCUAUAGAUCUUCAUAAACAAUGAAUGGCAUGAUUCAGUGAGUGGCAAGAAAUUUCCUGUCCUUAAUCCUGCAACAGAAGAAACAAUCUGCCAUGUAGAAGAAGGAGAUAAGGAGGAUGUCGACAAAGCAGUGAAGGCCGCAAGACAGGCUUUCCAGAUCGGCUCCCCAUGGCGCACCAUGGACGCUUCCGAGAGGGGGCGACUGUUGUACAAAUUGGCUGAUUUGAUCGAGAGAGACCGUCUGCUGCUGGCGACAAUGGAUGCACUAAAUGGUGGAAUGCUAUUUUCCAGUGCCUAUGUCAUGGUUGUAGAAGUCUGUGUGAAAAUUUUACACUACUACGCAGGCUGGGCUGACAAGAUCCAGGGCCGGACAAUACCAGCGGAUGGAAACGUUUUUACUUACACAAGACAUGAACCUAUUGGUGUAUGUGGCCAAAUCAAUCCUUGGAAUUACCCCUUGGGCGCAAUUAUUAUGAAGCUAGCACCUGCCCUGAGCUGUGGAAACACUGUGAUUGUCAAACCAGCAGAGCAAACUCCUCUCACUGCUCUUCAGGUGGCAUCUUUGAUAAAAGAGAUCUUUAGAAAGUAUCUCUUUUUUAAUGUGAAUGUCUUCCUUGCUGUGAAUAUCUUUCUUGCAGUGGACAAUGCCCUUGAAUUUGCACACAGGGGAGUGUUCUUCCACCAGGGCCAAUGCUGUGUCGCUGCAUCCAGGUUGUUUGUGGAAGAAUCAAUUUAUGAUGAGUUUGUGAAAAGGAGUGUGGAGCUGGCAAAGAAGUACGUUCUUGGAAAUCCUCUGACUCCAGGAGUGAGUCAAGGCCCUCAGAUUGACAAGGAACAAUAUGAUAAAAUUCUUGAUCUCAUUGAGAGUGGGAAGAAAGAAGGGGCCAAACUGGAAUGUGGCGGAGGCCCCUGGGGGAAUAAAGGCUACUUUAUCCAGCCCACGGUCUUCUCUAAUGUUACAGAUGAGAUGCGCAUCGCCAAAGAGGAGAUAUUUGGACCAGUGCAGCAAAUCAUGAAGUUUAAAUCUUUAGAUGAUGUGAUCAAGAGAGCAAACAAUACUCACUACGGGCUUGCAGCAGGAGUCUUUACCAAAGACCUUGAUAAAGCCAUAACAGUCUCCUCUGCUCUACAAGCAGGGAUGGUGUGGGUGAAUUGCUAUAUGAUGAUGUCUUCCCAGUGCCCCUUUGGUGGAUACAAGAUGUCUGGAAAUGGACGAGAAAUGGGAGAAUAUGGUCUCUAUGAAUAUACAGAGGUCAAGACAGUUACAAUGAAAAUCUCUCAGAAGAACUCAUAAGGAAGCUACAAGACUAGAGAGAAAUUCUUCAAAAGUAUCUCUUAUAGUCCCUCAAUUCAAUACAAGUAUUCUUUUCUUAAUUUCUUUAAAAGCAAGCUAAUCAUAUUAGUGUUAAUCCUAUCCACAGAGAACAUGACAUGAAGCUUAUUCUGAAUCUUUUGCUUUCUGAUAUGAACCCCACCCAAGUUCUAUCCUAAAUAAAAAAGAGAAAUUGAGAUACAAGAUCUCAAGCUGUGCAACAGUCAUGCGCUUUUCUUUGUAGCUAUUUAUCCAGGUUAACCACUUCACAGAAGUGACCAGUUAUCAUUUAGCUUCUUUCCCUUAAUGACUACUUGAAGUCCUUCAUAUACAUGUUAACUGCAGAAUAAGCUGCUCUGUUCCCAGUAGUUAGGAAGUCCCUGCAGUGUCGUGAAAUGUUUCCUAGAAUACCCUGUCUGCUUGUCACAUGAAGUAAUGCCUGAAAUACUUAGCUAUAAGCUGAAUAUGAAGCUUAAUAAAAACAACCAUGUAUGCUGCUUGUCAUA